CCGGACUUAAGCCGGUUGAAAGAGGACUGGUCUUGAACAUUAAUGGAAGAAACCAUGAAGACCAGGCCCCAAUGGAAGAAGAAGAAAGGAAAGCCCAACAACCGGGAGAACCAGACCAGAGAGUAGUGUAAGCAAGAUCAUGAUGCGAUACAAAGAGGAAAAAGAGGCAAAGAAGGAAGCGUUUAGGAAAUAUCUGGAGUCAAGUGGAGCUGUUGAUGCUCUCACCAAAGUUCUUGUUGCACUGUAUGAACAAAAUGAGAAGCCGUCCUCUGCCCUUGAAUUCAUUCAACAAAAGUUAGGGGGUCCAACUGCAUCUGAAUAUGAAAAGCUGCAAGCUGAAGUGUCUGAUUUACAAGUAAAAUAUAAUGAACUUUUGGCAACACAUCAGCAAAUCUGCAAAGAGUUAGAGGAGCUUAAGAACUCACAUACUCAGUCAUCUGUGAAGGAGACUAAUGAGGGAGAUCCGCCAACAACGGCAUCUGAAGGGCAACAAGAACAAGUAAUGCAUUCUUGACCUCAUAUGUCGAUAUUUCCUUUUUCUCUUCAAGGAGAAGAUUUUUUGUACUGAGAAUCAUCAUUGUUCAGUUAAGUUGUUUGCUUGAUUUUAUUCUUUUACUUGAUAAGUACAUGUGUGAUUGGUGGGGAAUUAAAAUCCAACUUCGUUUUGGUCCCCAAACCACCAGAUAAUAUGGCUUUUGUUUAACAUAAUGAAAUGGAUAAGUCAAGAUUUUCUGUAGAA